AUGUGGGGAGCGCCGGCUGCCCCGCGGGGCCAUCCCGCUCCCCCCUGCUUGCUGCCGGUGACCUGGCUUCUGGCGCUGCAUGCAGGUCUGCUGGCAGGGGUGAACAUCACCAGCCCCACGCCGCUGGUGCGCGGCACGGCGGGCAAAGCGGCGCUGCUGUCCGUGCGCUACGCCAGCGCCAGCGCCGACAAGCCAGUGGUCAAGUGGCAGCUGAAGAGGGACAAACCCGUCACCGUCGUCCAGUCCAUCGGCACCGAGAUCAUCGGCAACCUACGGCCCGACUACCGCGACCGCAUCCGCGUGCUGGAGAACGGCUCGCUGCUCAUCAGCCCCUUGCAGCUGGCUGAUGAAGGCGCUUACGAGGUGGAGGUGUCCAUCACUGACGACACUUUCACCGGCGAGAAGACCAUCAACCUCACCGUGGACAUUCCCAUCUCAAAGCCACAAGUGCUGGUGGCCUCCUCAACGGUGCUGGAGCUCAGUGAGUUCUUCACCCUCAACUGCUCACACGAGAAUGGCACCAAACCCACCUACACCUGGCUGAAGGACGGGCGGCCGCUGAGCAACGACUCCCGCCUGCUCCUGUCCCCUGACCAGAAGAUCCUCACCAUCACCCGUGUUCUCAUGGCUGAUGAUGAUGUCUACAGUUGCCUGGUGGAGAACCCCAUCAGCCACGGCCGCAGUGUCCCCGUGAAGCUCACAGUUUACCGCCGGAGCUCUCUCUACAUCAUCCUUUCCACGGGCGGCAUCUUCCUUCUUGUCACCCUGGUGACAGUUUGUGCCUGCUGGAAACCCUCCAAGAAGGAGAAGCGACAAGCGGAGACACAACCAACCUCUGACUACGCUGAGCAGGACGAGGAGCGCCUGAAACACGAGGGUGAGUGCCGGCCUCGGCGUGGCGGGGGCGGGCUGGGGGAGCACCAAAGCUCCCGGCAUGGUGAGCAGCACCUUGCUUCCACACAGCCGAAGGCAUCACACGGAGCGGCGAGCACGAGCGCAAGAACCCAGUGGCUUUGUACAUCCUUAAAGAUAAGGACUCGCCAGAGGCGGAGGAGGAUUCCCUGCCUGAACCCCGCGGCACAGUUGAGCCAGGUUACACCAGCUCGCCAGUACCAGCAGCCGGCCGCUCGCCAGGACCAGUGGGGCGUUCGACUCGCCGUUACCAUCGCUCGCCAGCCCGCUCACCCGCCUCGACUCGGACCCACAGGUCACCACCGGGCUCACCGGCACGGUCCCGCGGCGCUCCGCGGCUGCUGCGGACUGCCGGCGUGCACGUCAUUCGGGAGCAGGAGGAGGCCAACGCCGUGGAGAUCAGUGCCUGAACAGGGCGGACUGUGCGCGCUUUGGUGGCAGCGUGAGGAGCAGGGACAGCAGCACGGCCACGCUUCCGCCACCGAGCGAGCGGGGACACCGGCACAGCCCUGCUCCUACCACUGGGCGUCAUUCCGCUCGGCGUAA